AUGCAACCAGAUUCAAAUAUAAAUCAUAAUAACAAAGAAGAAGUCGAAGAUGAUGAUGAGCCAGAUGAAUGGGAUUCAAGAAUAUUGAAAACGGGAUGUUAUCAAGAGAAUUUGAAUUUACAAUUAUGUCACGCCGAUAAAGGAGAUUGGAGACAAUGUUUGAAAGAAAUGCAACUAUUUAGAGAAUGUUGGGAAAAGAAUAAGAACAAUGAAAGAACCCAAACUGUCAAUAAUGAUGAUAAUGAUAAUGAUGCUUGA